UUCGAUAUUAUUCCAUACUGACUAUAAUUCUUUCAGAGGAGAUAUGCUAAAAAUAGAUCCAUGUGAGCGAGAAAAUAUGCGUCUGAAGACCAUGGAGGGCCCACUGUCCUUUCAUAACGGAAACGACGACAUAUUGAACUCCCCGAAGCGGAUAAAUACCCUGCAGAACAGCAACGUUACAACUAACUACACCUCGACCACUUCCAAUUACACGUCCCACAUCACGAACAACACCACCAGUCAUGUAAUAACGGAACUGACGAACUUGCAGCCGGAUAACUUGAACAUACUUAACAACGUCGUCCAAGAAAAGGUGCAAUGGUGCAACCCCUCCCAAGAGGCGAAGAAGCGGGAGCUAGCCAACAACGUCAACAACAGGAACAACCAGUUGCUCAACAUCAACAACACGCUGGCUGCCUCGAUCAGGAACCAGGUGCGGCACGGGACCGCUUCCUCCAUCUGUUCAGAGUCGUCUCCAGAUGAUAGUUUGUUGGACUAUGAAGAAGCACACCAAAGCUGUUCGUCGGCCGACACCUCCCCCCAAGAGGAGGACAGGGGAUUCGACAUCUCCGACUCGGAAUCCUCCGAGGACGGCAACCUAAGCAACAGGGGCACCCUGCAGAGACGCGGCAUAGUCAACCCCAACUACCCCGGGUUCCAGCACCUCGCUCAUACCCUCGACUACAGCAUCAAGGCCUCCUCCGACACAGAUUUCACCGACGACGACUUCGAGUGCGAGUCCCUUACGGCCAAGCUACAGGCAGAGGCCAACGCGAAUAACAACAACAACGUUGAGGACACGGACUAUCAGAUAGACAGUGUCAAUCGGUUGGACAGUGUCGAGAACAUUCAAAAGGUAUUCUACGACAAACCGGUCUUCAAUAUCGAAGAGGAAUGCGGCUUUAACCGGAGUGAUUCUAGCAGCGGAAACUCCAAUCAGAGCGACGAAGACACUGAGAUCCACUUGCAGCAAGUGGACUUGAAUAUUAAAAUUGAAGAAAAGGCGUUGCCACGAUUAGCGACCCACGAAGACAUCGUAGGCGAUUUCAGUAAAGAAGUAGAGGUCGAGCUUGGUAAAGUUACACUUGACGCCAGGAAGGACAUUUUCGAAGACCCUUACGAGUUACCAAAACUCGAAAAAGCGGUCGUGCAAGAAUUGGAACAAGCAGUGGAAAAGUUGCAAGUUAUAACCGAUCUUCAGCCUCAGGCAGCCAAAUACAACAUUGAACCAAAUGUCGAGGAACCUUUCAAUAAGUUAUCGCCUACAAUUCCAGAAACAAAACAUAUAGUUUUAGAAGAUUCAAAGGUGAUUAAGAACGCUGAAACCAUGACCAUGCUAAGCGAAAACGCGCAGUUAAAUUUAAAUAAGGAACCCUUAAAAAUAUCAUUUACGGACAGCAUGAAGACCAAACUCAAAGACGCGUUCUUGUCUAAUGGCCAGGAAGUUUUGGUGUCUCCUUUAUGCGAGGAAAAUAAACUUGUAGACUCCAAUUUAAAUGUCACGCAAACAAAAAUAGAAGAGGAUGCAACCGUUACAAAACAAUCGAAAAUGGAAGUGGACGACACUGCCAAGAAACCUUCCAAGAUGGAGGAGGACGUUUUUAAGAAACCCGACUACACUCGGACGGACUCCAACCGCGAAUUGGAGGAGAUUGAGUGUCAAAUCAAGAAAAUCAAACAGGAAACGAAACAUUCGAUCGAGGAAAUGGAAAAGUUCUGCAAAGAAGACAUCACAAAGGACUACAAGGAGAAGGAAGAGGACAGCACCGUUCCAAGGAAGAAAGAAAAGGUGGACUUCUACGUGAAGAAGAGGAGGGACUACAACCAGCAGUUUGGCAGCUUGAUCACCUUCCCCAGAAGAGAAAUGGGAAGCAGAAGCAGAGAUACUAUGAACAGAAGGUCGGUACCAAUGGCUAGGGACAAGAAGAGAACGUCACCUGAAGUUUUGGGUGGAUUUGAUGUUUACAACAUUGAAACGGCAAUGCCUAAGAUCGAUCUGGAGGCGAUCGAGUGCCACCUCAGGGCUGCCAGGGAGGAAGAACGGAGGAGAAGAACAGACCGAGAAGAAAUUCGACGAAGGUUAGCAAUGGGCUCCGAAGACGAUUACUAUACCGACAGGCCUGGUCGCAAACCUAGUUUACAAGCUCGACUGCAGAGUGGAAUGAAUCUCCAAAUUUGUUUUAUGAAUGAGACUGUCUCAGACAAUGAGAGCCCCAACUCAGACUCGGAAUGUCCAAUGACGAACCCGAAACAACCAAAGACUGCUAUGCCAAAGACCUCGGGUUUCUACCCAUCAUAUCAAGAAAAGGUAGUCCCUCCCCCAGCUAGACCUGCCACACUCUCAAUCGGUCAACCCCUGUUGCAGCCCGUUAAAGAACCGAUGACCGAGACUGACUUCUUCACCAGACAGGCAAGACUGCAAACCGAGGCCCGAAUGGCGCUUGCUCAAGCCAAGGAGAUGGCCAGGAUGCAGAUGGAGAUUGAAAGGCAGAGGCAAAAGAAAAGCCCAAUAACCGAAAUGGUCCGUCACAGCCUAGAAAAAGUCGGCAUACCCUUCCCCGAAGAGAAAAGACGAUUAUCUCGACAAAUCCUCACCGAAAUGAACGUAGCUCAACUGCAGGUUAUAGUGAAUGAUCUUCAUACUCAAAUCGAGACUCUGAACGAGAGUUUAGUUAAAUUUUUAAUGGACAGGGAUGAUCUUCAUAUGGAGCAGGAUUCGAUGCUUGUGGAUAUCGAAGACCUUACCAGAUAUUUAGGAGCCAAGGAACAAGUCCUGAAGGAACAAACUCUUGCCCCGACUAGAAACAACAACACGACCCCACCGUCACCAGCGCCCUCUUCGCCACUGUCCGCUCUGAACAGUACCGUCAAGCCACACCUCCACAGGAUAGCCAGCCUGGUGAAGAAAUAACUACUACCGGACUAAGGCCUUUCGUUUGUACAUACUACUUCACGAUUGCUUAUACUGAUUAUUUGUAUUUUGUGGACGGGAGGUCGAGAUCCGCAGCGUUGUUGAAGUGAAAGCACAGGGUGGUCGACUUAGACAAAAGUUUCAACGGGAAGGAAUCUAGUGGGAUAGUGUCGUUGAUGGACUUUGCGCAGAGAAAAAUGAUGAUGUGGUCUUGUACGCUACUUAUUUUUGUAUGCUGCUUUCUGUUUUAGUUUUUUAGGUAAGUGAAUUUUUUUGACGGCCCAUUUUUAUUUUUUUGACAUUUUUUUUAAAUAGGUGGAAACGUUAAUAUACUAAGAAUUCUUUGAUUUUCAAUGUAGAUAUAUAAAAAAAAAUAUUAAAGAAAACAAUAAACUGUAUAAGGAGCAAUCGACUGUCAAAUGAAGAGAGUAUAUUGUAAAACAAAUUAUUUUACUAAAUAAUUUCCUAAAAAUUUGUAGGAUUUUAAUCCCUGAAAGUGAACAUUUCAUUUAAUCACCCAAUACAUAAAUUUUAAUAUUAAAGAAAAACUAGAAAGUGACCUCUCGCUCGUGCCUGCGCUGCGCAGUGUAGUCCCUGCUAUAAAUUUUUUUUUAAACACCAUGUAUGAUAAUCCUACUUAAAAAAAAAGUAGGAUUUUCUCGCGGUCUUUCGGCUUAGCAGACGGAAGCUUACAAAUGAGCUGUGGAGGCAUAUCGGUGGGUGGAACUUAUACGACCUCUUUCAAAGUUUGGGUCUCUGUAAGUGUAAAAUUUAGAAGUUCAAAUUUUUAUCGCUAUAAUAUCGUCUCUGAAAAACUAUUAUAUUAGCAAAAUAACUACUAAUCGCGAUCCGACUGUCCCGGAAAAGUGCCGAAGGACCAAAUUCGUUUUGACAUCUUCACUGACGUUUGUCCCCAUCUUUGUCUAAUCAUCGGAUGUAGUACGGGUCUCUCUCACACCGAAAAAAGUAUUUGAAAUAUAGGCUCGCUGCUUUGCGGCUCAUGAGAAUAGUCGUAGGUAAUGCGAAACACCCCUUCUUGAGGGUGAGUAUAGGUGCGAGAGUAACGUACAGCAUUUGAUACACUGGGUGUUUCAGAGUUGAAGGGGCGAAAGCCUAGGGGAGAUUCCGCUCAGAAAAAUAUGUAAAAAAGUUCAUAUGAACAUGGGUCUCUCAAGUGCUUUGUUUCCGAAAUACAGGGCGUUAAUUUUUUUUUGAUUUAGUUUUAAAAAAACGCUUUAGCCGAUUUGAAUGAAAUUUUUAUGGUU